CUURAAUGGGGACAUGAUUCCAGACAUCUUUGGRGUUUCUGCUGAUUUCUCCACUGAAGUCUGCUAUCUUACUGGAAGGAAAGCAGUGUGGCAGGCAGCUCUUAGUUCACGUGUCAAGAUGCGUGUUCCUCAUUCCAAUGCUUUCAUCGACCUAAACAAGGAUUUCACCGCCGAUUUGUUCCUCACAACCCAAGAUGACAAUGGUCUUGGCUUCGAGACGUGGAUUAAUAAGGAUGGGAACUUUACCAAAACCCAGCCUGGACGUAUACCAGAAAAUGUCAAGAAAGUUGGCCAGUCUUGUUUUGCCGACUUUGAUGGAGAUGGGUUCCAGGACCACCUUCUCCCAGUGUGUCUGGACGAUGCAUGCCACAGGAGUGCCAUCUACCUUUCUAAGCCCGGGGAACCUGAGUGGGUGCCAGUCCUGACCGAUUUCCAGAGGAGGGAGACUCUCUGGGGCUUUGUGCCCCCCCAGACCACCCCUCCUGCUGGGGAGCUCCACAACCCCAUCACCCUGCACCUGGGAGACUACAACAUGGAUGGCUUCCCUGAUGCCCUGGUCAUCCUGCGCAACACCAGUGGGAGUGGCCAGCAGGCCUUCCUUCUGGAGAAUGUUCCGUGUGACAAUGCCAGCUGUAAGGAUGUGGGCCGCAUGUUCCGUGUCCACUGGGACACUCUGACCUGGGGGCCAUCCCCGGGGCCGCGUCGCCCCUUCUUGACAUCUAUGAGGAUCCUAGAAGAAGAGUAG